CUCCAGUCAUCAGCUUCUGCUAAACCAACCACAAACUCAUCAGUUUGCAAAGAAGAGGACAAUGAGGAAUCUGAAAAUGAAUGUGGUGAUGGGGCAGAGAAUGUCCCCAAGAAAGCUGAAGGCUCCAAAGUUUGGCAACACAAAAUCAAGAUAAAACGUGUGCGCAAAGAAAACAACAUCAGAGUGCGGGGCUCCGACAUCCCUGACCCAAUCACUGACUUUGCUCAGUUGGAGACCCAGCACGGAGUGAGCUCGGUGCUGGUGCAGAACUUGAGGUCCCAAGGCUACACAGAACCCACGCCUAUUCAGAUGCAGUGCUGGCCCCUCAUGCUGGGGGGCAGGGAGCUGCUCGCCUCCGCCCCCACAGGAUCAGGCAAAACAGCAGCCUUCCUUCUCCCCAUUAUCCACCAGCUCGGCAGGCCCCGCGCGCUGGGGUUCAGGGCGGUGAUUGUGGCCCCCACCAGGGAGCUUGCUGACCAGACCUUCAGGGAGUGCGAGUUCCUUGCCAGGGGCACGGGACUUAAAGUCCACGUCAUUGAUAAAGUUGACAAAAUUGCCAAGAAGUUCGGGCCAAAAUCAUCACAAAAAUUUGAUAUCCUGGUGACGACUCCCAACCGCCUUGUGUACAUGAUCAACAGCGACGAGCCUCUCAUUAAGCUUGAUAACGUGGAGUGGCUUAUCAUGGACGAGUGCGAUCAUCUGUUCGAGGGCGGCAGGCGGGGCUUCAGGGAGCAGCUGGCGCAGAUCUACCAGGCGUGCGCGGGCCCCAAGCUACAGCGCGGCCUCUUCUCUGCCACGCACUCGGCGCCCCUGCAGCAGUGGUGCCUCGACAACCUCAACUGCGUCGCCCUUCUUAAUGUGGGCGCCAAAAACUCUGCGUCUGAAGACGUGGCUCAGGAACUUGUCUUCUGCGGCGACGAGAACGGCAAGAUUUACGCGCUCAGGAACUUGCUUGCCAAGGGCUUCGAGCCGCCAUGUCUGGUGUUCGUGCAGACGAAGGAGCGCGCGCGGCAGCUCUUCAUGGAGCUCGUGUACGACGACGUCAUGGUGGAUGCCAUCCACGGCGACCGCACCCAGGCCCAGCGCGAGGCGUGCGUACGGGCGUUCAGGGCGAAGAAGAUCUGGGUGCUGGUGUGUACGGAGCUCAUGUCCCGGGGCAUCGACUUCAAGGGCGUCAACCUGGUCAUUAAUUACGAUUUCCCGCCCAGCCUCGUGUCCUACGUACACCGUAUCGGGCGGACGGGUCGUGCCCAGCAUAAGGGCAAGGCCGUCACCUUCUGGACCAUGGCGGACAGACCAAUGCUGGGAAUUAUUGCUCGCACAGUGCGGGCGUCAGGCAGCGCAGUGCCGGACUGGAUGCUUGCCAUCAAGAAGGCUGACAUGACCAAGCAGGAGCUCGCCGCCCUACAGCAGGACCGCGGCUUCGUGUCCGAGGGAGCCAAGUUUGAUGCCGUCGAUAAGGAUAAGAAAUU